AUGCCCGUCUCCUUACGAGCACUCUCCUCUGCGGCUUCCCUUCUACCGAACCUGUCCUCCCUCGUCGCAGCUUCCAGGAUCAUCCCGCUGCCUCUUGCACGCCGCACCCAACAGAGAUUUUUGGCCAGCAUGAACGCCAACGACCUCAAACAUUAUCUCGCCGACUCGCCGCCCUCGGUCGUCCGGCUCGAGAUUGAGAAGCACUUUGAACCCCUCAGUGAUAAGCAGAAGCGCUAUGCUCACUUCAUCAGCAAGUCUUGCUUUGCGGGAACGAGGAUUGUUCUGCGCCAGCUCUCUCCCGAGUCUGAAUCCAUCUAUGACUUGAUCUUGGCCCUUCACAAGAGCUGCAAUGGCGACUGGGACGCGCUGGCGAAGAAGGCUGCCGUCGACGGCCCUGAGCUCACCUUCUUCCUCGAGUACGCCGCCAUGUUCUUGGGCAACUUGGGCAACUACAAGAGCUUUGGAGACUCCAAGUUCCUCCCCCGCUGCGGUGAGAAGACCGUGGCGGCCCUCGCCGCCACCUGUCCCGAGGCGGCCAAGUUCUACGAAGCCACCAGGGGUGCCAUCUUCAGCUCCGAGAGCUCUGCUCUCAUGCAUCUGGGCUUCCCCGACGCCGGCCACAUGACCACCUACUACCCCGGCUCUCGCGCCAUCACAAAGGCCGACAUCGAGGCCGUCUCCGGCUGGAUGGAGAAGAAGGGACUGCUUCCCGAGAACACGAGACUGCGCAAGAGCGGCGACACCACCUUCGAGAUCCUCAUCGCUUCCGCCGUCACCGCCAUUCCCACAAACGGCAGUGACAUUGGAAAGGACAACUCGUACACGGUCGAGGAAGGGCCCCUGAAGGGCAGCACCAUCAAGCUCAUCUUUGGCGACUACGCCGACGAGAUGAAGAGCAUUGCCGAAUACACUCGACGGGCCGCCGAGCAUGCCGACAACGAGACCCAGAAGCAGAUGUACCUCAACUACACCAACUCGUUCGAGAACGGGUCCCUCGAGGCCUUCAAGGACUCGCAGCGCAACUGGAUCAAGGACAAGGGCCCCAUGGUCGAGUCCAACAUUGGCUUCAUCGAGACCUACAGGGAUCCCGCCGGCGUCCGAGGUGAAUGGGAGGGCUUCGCCUCCAUGGUGAACCUUGAGCGAACCCGUGCCUUUGGCGAGCUCGUCGCCGCCGCCCCGUCGCUCAUUCCGUUGCUUCCGUGGGGCACCGAGUUUGAAAAGGACAAGUUCUUGUCCCCGGAUUUCACCUCUCUCGAGGUCAUGACUUUCAACGGAUCUGGGAUCCCGGCCGGCAUCAACAUCCCCAACUAUGAUGACAUUCGACAGACCGAAGGCUUCAAGAACGUUUCCCUCGGCAACGUCCUCAGUGCCAAAGCACCAAACGAGAAGAUUCCCUUCAUUCGUGACGAGGACCUGGACGUGUACAAGAAGCAGCGCGAUGCUUCCUUCGAGGUGCAGGUUGGCCUUCACGAAUUGACUGGUCAUGGCUGUGGAAAGCUACUUCAAGAGACCUCUCCCGGAGUCUACAACUUUGACAAGGAGAACCCGCCUGUCAGCCCCGUGACCCAGCAGCCCAUAUCGACAUGGUACAAACCCGGACAGACCUGGGGCUCCGUCUUUGGAAGCAUCGCCGCCUCGUACGAAGAGUGUCGUGCCGAGCUCGUCGCCAUGCAUCUCAGCUGCGAGUUCCCCGUUCUCAAGAUCUUCGGCUUUGGCGAUGGCAAGCUCGACAUGGACGGCGAGGCUGGUGAUGUCCUCUACGCCUCCUAUCUCUCCAUGGCCCGUGCCGGCCUCGCCUCUCUCGAGAUGUGGGAUCCUGCCAGCCAGAAGUGGGGUCAGGCUCACAGCCAGGCUCGUUUCUCCAUCCUCAAGUGCUUCCUCGAGGCUGGAGACGAUUUCUGCAAGCUCGACUAUGCCAAGGACGACCUGUCAGACCUUACCAUCAAGCUUAACCGCUCCAAGAUUCUCACCUCGGGCCGCGACGCUGUCGCCAAGUACCUCCAGAAGCUGCACGUCUACAAGUCCACCGCCGACGUCGAAGCCGGCACCAAAUUCUACACCGAAAUGACCACGGUUGGCCUUGACUUCUGGGGUACCAAGGUUCGCAAGGUCGUCCUCGACAACAAGCAGCCCCGCAAGGUCUUUGUGCAGGCAAACACCGCCUUGGACGAGACGACGGGCAAAGUGACCAUGAAGCAUUACGAUGCCUCGCUCGUCGGCAUGAUCCAGAGCUGGGCCGAUAGGAAUCUGUAA